UACUUUAAAAUUUUAGACAGAUCUGACAGGUUGCAGCCUGUGGACUUCUUUUACUCCUCGUCUCUGAAUACUUACAUUUCUUCAGCAUAUCAUAGAGUGGUGUGGUGUCUUCUGGAUGAGAUGUUGGCUGUCACUUUCUUCAUCUUGUCGCUGAUGACUUGUCAGCCUGGAGUAACUACACAGAAGGUGAACCAGAGAGUAAGGCGGGCUGCUACUCCCACACCAGUGACCUGCCAGCUGAACAGCUGGUCAGAAUGGACAGGCUGCUUUCCAUGCCAGGACAAAAAGUACCGAUACCGGAGCCUCUUGCAGCCAAACAAAUUUGGGGGAAACAUCUGCGGUGGUGAUGUCUGGGAUGAAGUCAGCUGUUCCAGUCCCACAGCCUGUCUAAAGCAAGCACAGUGUGGACAGGAUUUCCAGUGCAAGGAGACAGGUCGCUGCCUGAAACGCCACCUCGUGUGUAAUGGAGACAGGGACUGUCUUGAUGGCUCUGAUGAGGAUGACUGUGAAGAUGUCAGGGUGCCUGAGGAUGACUGCAACCAGUAUGAACCGAUUCCAGGAUCAGAAAGGGCAGCCUUGGGGUUCAAUAUCCUGACCCAGGAAGAAUCUCAGAGUGUGUACGAUGCCAAGUAUUAUGGAGGCCAGUGUGAGACGGUAUACAACGGGGAAUGGAGGGUGCUCCGAUACGACCCCGUCUGUGAACGUCUCUACUAUGGAGAGGACGAGAAAUACUUUCGGAAACCCUACAACUUCCUGAAGUACCACUUUGAAGCCCUGGCAGAUAGUGCAAUCUCCUCAGAGUUAUAUGAAAAUACAAAUGACCUUCUUUCUACAGUGAAAAAUGACAAGUUCGUGUCGGCUGGAGUGACUGUUGGUAUAGGCAUAGCAAAAGUCCCUGUAACAGUGAAUGUGGGUCUAUCUGGGUCAGAAGGCUCUUCCUUCUUGAAUAAGUUAAACAAGUAUAACGAGAAGAAAUACAGCUUCAUGAGAGUUUUCACAAAGGUGCAGACUGCUCAUUUUAAGAUGAGAAGGGACAAUAUCAUGCUUGAUGAAGGAAUGAUGCUGUCAUUAAUGGAGCUUCCAGAGCAGUAUAAUUACGGCAUGUAUGCCAAGUUCAUCAAUGACUAUGGCACCCACUACAUCACAUCUGGAUCCAUGGGUGGCACUUAUGAAUAUAUCCUGGUGCUUAACAAGGAGAAAAUGGAAACAAUUGGUGUUACCAGCAACGAUAUCCAGUCUUGCUUUGGUGCCUCUUUGGGCAUUGAAUAUGCAAUUAAGGAUGGCCUAUCAGUUGAAGGAAGCUUAUCAGGAAAACACUGUGAAAGACCUGGAUCUGGCAAUACUGAAAGAAACAAGGAGGACACGAUUGUGGAAGACAUCAUUUCUCGGGUGCGAGGUGGCAGCUCUGGCUGGGGCGGUGGCUUGACACAAAACGGGAGCAUCAUCACAUACCGUUUCUGGGGGAGGUCAUUAAAGUAUAAUCCUGUUGUUAUCGAUUUUGAGAUGCAGCCCAUUCAUGAGUUGCUGCGGCAUACAAACCUGGGGCCUCUGGAGACCAAACGCCAAAACCUGCGCCGAGCCUUGGACGAGUACUUGAUGGAAUUCAACGCCUGCCGCUGUGGUCCCUGCUUUCAUAGUGGGGAGCCCAUCCUCGAAGGCACCAGCUGCAGGUGUCAGUGCCACGUGGGUCGCUCAGGCUCGGCCUGUGAGCGAGUGGCGACAGAGGGAACCAAAGCUGUUGGGAAUGGUCAUUGGAGCUGCUGGAGCUCCUGGUCUGCAUGUAGUGGAGGCACUCAGCAAAGGAGGAGAGAGUGCAACAACCCUGCACCCCAGAAUAGAGGGGCUUCAUGUCCAGGGCGGAGUGUGCAGACCCAGGCUUGCUGAGUGCACCCGGCAAGGUCAGGCAGUCUGCUGCCACCUGCACUGCUACUGGAUGAAGACUUCUUUCAGCUGAGAGAACAUGCAAAUCUACAGCUUUUUGUUGUUGUUCACAGCACUGUAAGGUUUCUUCUAGCUUGAGCCUCAAAACUCUUGCAGUCUCUGCCCAGUUCUAAACUGCUUUUAGAUAUUUGUUUCAGCAGCAAACCCACUUUUUGUUAUCAAUUUUCUUUCUUAGCCUAUAAGGUUGCUAUAAUAAUAAACUGGGUGGCUUUUAAGUAACAGA